AUGGCUGGUAGAGAUAUCCCAGAUGAAUUGAUAGAGAUAAUCCUAAAGCACCUUGACCUUACAAACGAAACUGAUAUUAAUCGAUUCCGUGCCGUCUGUCAAUCAUGGAGGUCUUCUAUUCCUAGAUUUGAGAGAAAGAUCCUAUUACCCAACAGAUUUGAGAUAGAAUCUGACUCCUGGACUCCUUGUUUCUUACCCUCCAAGACCGAGAGCAUAGUCUAUCAUAUUACACCACUUGCCGAAGAUCCCGAUCGAAAGCAAAGGGGCUGGCUAAUUAGGUUAGAUAGUGACGGUAAGUUAGUCGAUCCAUUAUCCCAAACCGACUACAAAGGAAGGACACCAUUCCGGCCAAAGGUAAUAAACUUUCUUGACUUUCGCGUAUUUGAAUUGGCAAGAACUUAUUGUAGUGGCCACUGGAAUAAGAUGGCCGUGUCCGAGAACCUUGAUGUCCCUGCGGUCAUGAUGUUGAGGGAUAAAAUAUUGUAUGGUGGAAAACUAGGUCUUCACGUCAGAGAUGCAACCAAGCUCUACCUAAAUCCGGAUUAUCCUGAUGGUGUUGCCUUGAAUAGAAAGACAAAGACUCCUGUUGAUGAUGUUAUUUUUUAUCAAGGAAAGUUUUAUGCUGUCUCAGAGUCUGGGGGAGCUAUAGUGAUGGUUUCUUCAUGUAAUUUUAAAGAGGUAUACGUAGCGUGGCCAAUAUGUAAUUUGAUAAGUUGUGACAAGAAGAUGUAUUUGGUCGAAUCACUCGGGGAGUUGUUGUUAGUUGAGAGACGAGGGCCUAGAUUCAUCGGCGAAGGUGAUUUGGUGGACAAUGUGCUCAACAAGGAAGUUAUAUUCAUGGUUUACAAGUUGGAAGAAAGGGAGCGAUGGGUGAGGCGAUGGGUGAAGAUGAAAGAUUCAGAAUUAAGUGAUCGAAUAUUGUUUGUGGCUGAUGGUAUCUUUAGCUUCUCUGUUUCUGCUAAAGAGUUCCCAGGAUGCCGACACUACUAG